AUGAAUCUCACAGAAAUUAAAGAAGAGGAGUUCUGCGCCCAGUCCUCCAACUUCUCCUGCUUUGAAAGGUUAUCAGUUACUGCAGUGGAUGUUCUGCUGUAUUUGUCUGCAGCCGCAGCUGUGUUACUGACAGUGUUUGGAAACCUGCUGGUGAUCAUCUCCAUCUGUCACUUCAAGCAGCUCCACACACCAACCAACCUCCUCCUCCUCUCUCUGGCUGUGGCUGACUUUCUAGUUGGAGUAACUGUGAUGCCUUUCCAGUUUAUCGGGUUGAUUGAAUCACACUGGAUUCUGUGCCGAGUGCUCCAAUUCAUCCCUUUUGUUCUGUCAUGUGUGUCCAUUUAUAAUGUUGCUUGCAUUGCUGUGGAUCGAUAUUUUGCUCUGAGCAACCCUUUCCUCUAUUCUACUAGAUUCACAGUGAAUGUAACUUUGAAAAUAAUAUCCUUUCUCUGGGUGUUUUCAGUAAUCUACAACUUGUUGCUUCUUUAUUUCAAUGGAAAUAUCACUGACAUUACAGAAGGUAUUAUUUUUGCUGGAGAGUGUUCUGUUACUGUCAAUUACAUAUGGUCUGUUGUUGAUUUUAUCGUAGUAUUUUUUGCACCAUGCAUGACAAUAAUAAUUAUGUACCUGAAAGUUUUUGCCAUUGCAAAAAAGCAUGCAAAUAAUAUUAGGUGUGUAAGAGAACAGUACCAGUCAAAGGACAUGAAGAGAAUGCAUUCUGUGGCAUCUGAAAGAAAAGCAGCAAAAACAAUUGGAAUUCUAGUCUCUGUGUUCUUACUCUCUUUAAUACCUUACUACACAAGUGUUCUUCUUGGACUAUAUAUAAAGAAGCAUUCUAUAUAUCUUGCAGUUAUGAGUACGUCCUGUUUGAUAUAUCUAAAUUCUACCAUCAAUCCAAUCAUUUACGCUCUGUUUUAUUCAUGGUUUCAAAAGUGUGUUAAACUAAUUGUAACACUUAAGAUAUGUAGCUCAGAAUCAUCACAGAUAAAUGUGCUUUCAACGGACACUUAA